GACUUGAUCCAUUCAAUUUAACUCCUUGACGCUGUCUUCAUCUGCUAUCUGCACAAUCGUUCAUUCAUUCAUCUCUACAAAACCCACAAUCCUCUCCUUCAACAAUUCACGAUGAUGCAGAUCAGCUCCACCGUACCAGCCCACAAACUUCACAAGUUCCAGGCAAUAAGGUGCCCCAGCUUCAGCUUCAGAUGCCAACAAGCUUCCUCUUCCUCCCUCAAACAACCUUCAAUUUUUCAGACGAAGCCCUUCAUCUCCACCGAGUCAACUCGCCUGCACCUCGCCAACCUCGACAAGCUCCUCGAGACCCAGAAGCCCGUGGUCCCACCAACCCAAAUCCAACACCAACCAAUCAUCAACGAUCCAAAGGAAAAGAAAGGAAGAAGCUUUUUGGAGGGUCUUGACUUGGGGAGGCUAUGGCCGGAGAUGAAAGCCACCGAUGAAAUGUCCCCGCGCCACCUCAAACGCCUCCAGCGCCUCCUCUCCAUGACGGGGGAGUAUUCCCCGAGGAACAUCCUCGGCGGCCGCUGGAGAGAAUAUCACGGCAGCAACGACUGGAAAGGGAUGUUAGACCCUCUAGACGAGAAUCUCCGGCGAGAGGUCGUUCGCUACGGCGAAUUCGUCCAAGCCGCGUAUCAAGCCUUCCAUUCAGACCCCGCCAUGUCAACGGAGGAGCCGCCACAUCCACAACACGUGGCACUUCCAGAUAGAUCAUACCGAAUGACCAAAAGCCUCUAUGCAACAUCAUCAAUUGGUUUACCCAAAUGGGUAGAUGAAGUGGCACCGGAUCUGGGAUGGAUGACCCAGAGAUCAAGCUGGGUCGGAUACGUGGCUGUUUGCGAGGAUAGAAGAGAAAUAGCACGGAUGGGAAGAAGAGACAUUAUAAUCUCUCUUCGUGGAACUUCCACGUGUAUGGAAUGGGCGGAGAAUCUCAGGGCCCAUAUGGUGGAAAUGGGAGACGAAGAAGGAAAAGCCAAAGUAGAGUGCGGGUUCAUGAGCUUGUACAAAACAAAAGGAGCACAGGUGGCGAGUCUGGCAGAAUCCGUUGUAGAAGAAGUGAGGAGACUGAUUGAUCUUUACAGAGGAGAAGAGUUGAGCAUCAGUGUGAUAGGGCACAGCCUUGGUGCGACGCUAGCCUUAUUGGUGGCAGACGAGAUAAGCACGUGCUGCCCCAAAGUUCCACCCGUGGCUGUUUUCUCCUUCGGAGGGCCUCGUGUUGGUAACAAGGCCUUUGGGGAUCGCUUAACCGCUAAAAACGUCAAAGUUCUAAGAAUAGUGAACUCGCAAGACGUGAUUACCAGAGUUCCAGGGAUCUUUGUGAGUGAAGAGCUAGAACAAAAAAUACGGAACGUUGGUGGUGGUGUGCUGGAGGAGAACACGCCGCUGGCUUACUCGCACGUGGGGACGGAGUUGCGUGUGCAGACCAAGAUGUCGCCGUACCUUAAGCCCGAUGCUGACAUGGCCUGUUGUCAUGACUUGGAGGCUUACUUGCACUUGGUGGAUGGGUUCUUGGCCUCAAAUUGUCCCUUCAGAUCAAAUGCUAAAAGAAGCUUAGCUAGGUUAAUGCAAGACCAAAGUGCUAAUGUCAAAAAAUUGUAUACUAGCAAAGCUAAAUCCUUGACUGUCAAUCUUAGUAGGCAGGGAUCCAUGUCUAUGUCUAGUUGUUUGUCAAGUCCCUCUUAAUCAAAACUCAAAUGUUACAUAUGCACCA